AUGAUUCUAAUCGUUCCUUCUAGUCAAACCUUCAAAAAACUGAUGCAACUGAGGAAUAUUCCAGAUGAAGAGGCGUCGAUCGACCGAUCUCCUUCGCCUUCGCCCUUAGAAGGACUAAGCGUUGACGUUGACUUACAUGCAGCUGAGAAACUGUCGAAUGUCGCCAGUGUUGCUGAAACUCUUCUUGAUGUCGUUCCACGUGAUGAGGAGAUGACAGAGCAACCUGCUGUUGCAACUACCUCAAAGCCACUGAAGAAUUACCGGCAUGACGUUCGGAAAGAGUACGCGAAUCAGUUAAUGAAUGGCGAAUGGCUUUUGGAAGUCCCUCAUGAUUUCGCAGACAAUUGGUACAUGGUCCCCUGUCCACGAGGAAAGCGUUGUUUCCUCGCCGCCGAAAAUGGUCAAACCUCUGUAUAUUCGAAAGAAGGCAGACGUCUGUUCUGGUUCACUUCCAAUCUGCCUGGCGGCAACAAGACUUCGCGCAUAGGGCGCACUCAUCUUGACGCCUUUUACCUUUUUGACACAAAAACUUUCUACCUACUGGAUGUUUUGUGCUGGAAUGGCAGUGCCGUGUGUGACAGUGAAACCGAGUUUCGAUUUCAAUGGCUUGACUGGAAAUUGGCUGAAAUCUCAUUGCCGGAGCAUAGCCAGUAUCACUUCGUUCGACUGCCAGUUUUCUGCUGUACUCACGAGGCGAUAGAAACUGCACUGUGCUCAAAGUCAUGGCCUUUUCCUGCCGACAAGCUGAGCGGCCUGUUGUUUUACCAUAAACAAACUCACUACUAUCCUGGAACAACACCUCUCGUUGGCUGGCUGCUGCCAUUCAUGUGUCAGGAGUUGCUGAACGUCACCGUACUUCAAGAGUACAUGACUGGCUUCGAAGAUUGUUCUGUGGCUCAGUACAUCGAAAAGUGGAAGGAAAUGUUGCACAAAUGA